CGUUUCGCGACGCGUCGUCUCGCCGGCCGGCUUCUGCUUCAUUCGACCGACCUCAUUCGCAUCGUAACCGCCUAGCGUAUCGCUCGAUCGUAAAUUUCACUACACAUUAAACAUGACGGAGAGCACGGAAACCCCGGCCGCCGCAGCGCCCGAAAAGACUCCCACUGAAAACGGUACGACUGAGACUCCUCCCGAAGAAGCGCCUGAGAAGGCCACCGAAGAGAAGGAAAAGGAGACUCCUCCGCCUAAGGAGAUGCGCGCAGUCGUUCUCACCGGCUUCGGCGGUCUCAAAACUGUUAAGAUUUUGAAGAAACCCGAGCCUACAGUCGCCGAAGGGGAGGUCCUCAUCCGUGUUAAAGCAUGCGGUUUGAACUUCCAAGACUUGAUCGUGCGGCAGGGCGCUAUCGACUCACCACCCAAAACACCUUUUAUCCUUGGUUUUGAAUGUGCUGGAGAAAUUGAGCAAGUCGGAGAAGGCGUCACUAACUUUAAGGUCGGAGACCAGGUUGUUGCCCUACCGGAAUACAAGGCCUGGGCUGAGCUGGUAGCGGUACCUGCUCAAUAUGUGUACGCUCUGCCCGAGGGUAUGUCUGCCCUGGACGCGGUUGCUAUCACCACUAACUACGUCGUGGCAUACCUCCUACUCUUCGAGAUGGCUAAUUUGACACCAAACAAGAGUCUCCUGCUUCACUCCGCUGGUGGUGGUGUGGGUCAAGCCGUAGCUCAACUUGCGAAGACUGUCGAGAAUGUGACAGUUUUUGGCGUCUGCUCCAAGAGCAAGCACGAGGCUCUGAAGGCAAACAAUAACAACAUCGACCAUCUGCUCGAGAGAGGCAGCGAUUACACCAAUGAAGUUAGGAAGAUUUCACCGGAUGGUGUCGACAUCGUGCUGGACUGCCUUUGCGGUGAAGAAUGCAAUCGUGGAUACUCUCUCCUCAAACCAAUGGGACGGUAUAUCCUCUACGGAUCAUCUAACAUCGUGACCGGCGAAACCAAGAGUUUCUUCAGCGCAGCGCGCGCCUGGUGGCAAGUGGACAAGGUGUCUCCCAUCAAGCUGUUCGACGAGAACAAGAGCCUGGCGGGGCUCAACCUGCGCCACCUGCUGUUCCAGCACGGCCGCGCCGACACCGUGCGCCGCGCCGUCGACCGCGUGUUUGCGCUCUGGACCGAGGGCAAGGUGAAGCCCUUGGUGGAUUCCACCUGGGCGCUCGAGGACGUCGGUGAGGCGAUGCAGAAGAUGCACGAUCGUAAGAACAUCGGCAAGCUCGUACUAGAUCCGUCUCUGGAGCCGAAACCGAAACCCGCUACCCCAGCUAAGGGCAAGUCGGGCAAAGAGAAGAAACCGGCCAAGGAGAGUUCCGAGGAAAAGAAAGAUAAGGAAACUAAAGAGGAGGAGAAGAAGACGGAGAACGGUGACAAGAAUGGUGAGGAGGUCACUAACGGUAGCGACGAAGAGUCCAAGGAGAAGGAGAAGGAAUCUAGCUGAAUUGUUUCCCCAGAGAACAGGACCAGACAAACCACCGCCAUUUGAUUAUUUUAUAGAGUUGAUGCUGCUCGUUUUGACGGCCGCCUUGUGCUUACACCGGCGUCUCACUGUGUUGCCUCGUGUUUUAUGUUUAAUAAAAUUAUUCAGUAAGUCUGAGUACGGCACUGUCCGAUCCUCUCCCUUCUAUAUUGUUUUUUAUUAAUUUAACGAUCAGUUCGGACAUUCUCGUACAAUUCUCGAUUAAGUUUAGUUUGUAUACGUCUAUCAUCACAUUCUAUUCUUUUAUAUUUUUAAAUUAUAUAAUUUUAAUAGUAAUGAAUUUGUUAUUCGAACAGCGAACUUUUAAUUAAGUUCAAUUUAAAUAAAAACUUUUUAAUUUUAAAUCUGGCCUAAGUUAAGAAAAAGUUUUGUAACUGAAAAAUCUUAUAGUUGAUUGUUUAAGACUUUAUUUUAGAAUGAGAUAUUUUAGUCUGCAGUUAUUUUGAAUCGCUAUUGUAUAUCUAAGGUGCAGAGAUGCUUAAUCUUUAUGUAUGUUAAGCUUUAAUAUUUUAUUAGUAAAUGUUUAAAAUUUGGCCCUGGAGACCCACCCCCGCCCUCGCGCCGCGGGUCCUUCGCUCACUCGCCGCUCUUUGGAACUUCAAACGAAUGAAAUCUUGCGUGUGAUAUUUUGUACUAGGUAUGCUAGAUAUUUUGCGGCAUUUUAUGCUGCCUAUACAUCACGUUAAUUUUCUAUUAUUUCAGCGUAAAAUACAGUCUAGUGUUUUAUAAUUAUAUUUUUAUACUUAGAAGUUUUGUAAAUUAUUUUCUAGUUAAGAAUGGAAUCAAAAUUCAAUAUAAUAAUCAUUCAACUGCACCGAUCGUUGUGUUGUAUGACAAGAGAGUUCGGUAGCUCUGCAGUCUUGAAGUUGCAACGACGAGCUUGAAAUAAAAGAGUUUGCAAAAUAUUUAUGGCUGUCGCUAAUUAAUUAAAAAAAACUCAUCUUGAUUACAACAUCUACGAUAAAGUCAUAUUUUUGUAGACCAAAUGUUGACUGUGAGACCUCUUAUUAAGUAAAAAAAAAAAGCUUUUUAUGUAACUUUACACACAAAUAUCACAUAUCUAAACAUAAAUACACUUAAACACAAUAUAUAUUAGAAUAAUGUUUUGAUAACAAUAUUCACUGCAUUUCUUUUUUAUAUACCUUGCAUAUAUUAAAUUAAUCUUGAUUUUCGUAAGGUUGUAAGUAACGUUUACCGUCAUGUAAUGUACAGUAUGGUUAUAACCUAUAAGUGUAUGUACCCAGUACUAACUUUUUAUCUGUAUAACAUAUCAAGCGCAUGUAAAAUUUAUAUUCGAAAGUCUGAGGUAGUCCGGAUUUCCGGAGUAAAAUGAGGCUAUAUAGUUUACAAAACCUGCAUAUAUAAACUUACUGCUCAAUUAAACAACUCGCCACCGUUGACGCAACGUAUGUUCGACAUAAGCAAACAGACAGACUCGUAGGAUUUUUAUAAAUGUUUACUCUUUUCGAAAAAGUUUUGCACGAGCAUAAUUUGCGUGAGCGCAUAUUUAGUAUCCGAAAUUAGUAUCACUCAAAGUGUUAACUGCUAAGUGCAAAGCGUAGAUGAAGUUUACCUUUCGGUUGUGAGCUCGCGAGCACCAGAUCAGAUCAGACUGCUUUCGACUCGGAUUGAAACGAGCACCGAUACAUAGUUACGGUCUCUGUCUAUGGAGCGGCCGGGCGCUGCGGCUGCGACAUGUUGCUUCGUACGGUGGCUUGGCGCUAGUUUCGUAUCGUGCGCGGAUAAAUCUCGCUUCCGUGUCUCGGACCAAUAUCUUAAAGCUAUUUAGUCUUCUUAUCCGUAAUCUUCGUCGCUUUAUGUGUCAAAUAUGUGCAAAUUCCUUAAUGUUGAAAUAUAUUAUUAAUUAAAUUCUUGUGUAUAUCGACCUGUAUAAUGGUUUAGAUUUAUCUAAAUUUCUUCUAUAAGAUUAACUUACGACACUCAAUAUUGAUAACAUGAGCUGGGGUGACUGCGCCGUUCGUGAUUGUGUCCAAAAUUGUUGUAGGUUAGUAUGGAAUUGAUGCCAAUAUUUAUUGUCGAAAGCGCGCCAGGUGCGGCGGAACUAGCGCUGUCACGCCAGCGACAAACUGGGUCGUUAACAUAUUACACAUUUAUUUUUGUAAGGGCGGGCCAGUGUGAUAUCUUUACUAUAAAAUGGAUAAAUAAAUAUGUAUGAUCUGUAAAAAUGCUUA